UUAUUUAGUUGAAGACUCACGUACCUACGCAUGUCAAUGUGGAUCACUAUUUGGAAUCGUGAAAUGCUAAUUUUGUCAAUUCACAUAACCAACCUUUUUUGAUUUAAUGACGGGUACAAACAAACAUUGGACUUGCAACACUUGUCAAACAGAAUCCAUACUGUCUCCAUGUGGAGAAUGUACAUACCUCAAUUUAAGAGGACUUAAAGAUAACUCAUGCAAAUGUUCUUCUUGCAAAAUCACUAACUAUUAUUUAGAUUGUAAAUAGUGUUAAACAUGGUACACAGUGAAUGAAUCUAAGAAUAGUUUAGAUGGCAAGUUAUUAACAUGUGUUCUAAAUUGCGAAUAAGUUUAAGCGCUUAAAUGCACUAACUGUUAAACCUUAAUUACAAUUGAUAAUUUCAACAAUGAGAUCAAAAAUUACUGCAAUUCGUGCAACAAACCCUUUUUUAAGCAAAUUUGCUCAUUUUGCAAAGAAGUUUCAACUUUCACCCAAAAUUAAAGUCAAUUUAAAUAAAAAUGUUUGAAUAGGAAAUGUGGCAAAGGUAAUUUUUUAAAGUCUGGCAAAUUAAUGAAUCAGUAAGUAAUAGUAGGGCAAUUCAUUAAAUCAAAUGAAAUCUAAUAAGUUCAAAUUAAAAAAUAAUAAUCAACAUCUAAGUUUUUAUAAAAUGCAGAUCUAUUGAACUUUGAUGAACCAGAGAACGAUAAUACUAAAUUGAAUUAAAAUUGGAAUAAUGCUAAUCUUUUAGAAAUAGAUCAACAUUUAAAUUAACCAUCUCAAGAUGAGGGUUCAAUUACUAAAUGCUAAAAGUGCUUUAACUCUACAGAAGUUAUUAUAACAACUCCUUGUGGACACAAAGUUACAUGUUACCAGUGUUUAGAAACUUAGUUGAAUUGUAUUUCUUGUGGUGAACCUAUUGCUAAUAGAAUCAUGAAUACUUUCAAUAGAGACUUUUAAAAAGAAAUCAAAGAUAGGAUAUUGAUUUACAGAAAAGAGUGA